AUAAGUUUAUAUACGUAUUAACCAAUAGUAGAGAAAUUAUGACCGACGAGUUACAUUCCGAGGAGUGCAAGAUUGGACUCAAAGACAUGCCGUUUGAAAUUAUGUUGAAAAUAUUCAGCUACUUGGAUUUAAUAUCGCUGUUCUUAGUUGGACAAGUGUCGAAAUUCUUUUAUGACGUAUCUACUCAUCCAUUGUUGUACGGCGAAUUGAACCUAAACCCGUAUUGGCAUCGUACAACAAACGAUCUAUUAUGUACCUUGGCAACGAGAGCUACUGUGUUGAAAAAGUUGGAUUUAUCGAGGUGUGGUUUGUUUAACACGAUUUCCCCAACUGAAUUUAUGAAAUUUAUUCAACGGGGAGACAGUCUAAUAUGCUUAAGAUUGGAUUCGUGUAAAAUUUUAAACGCCAGCUGUAUUUAGACAUUGGGAAUUGUAUGCGACAACUUAAGGGAAAUUUCCCUUCGAAAUUGCUCGACGGAUCCCCCGCUGCUUAACUUUUCUUGUCUGGCAAAUUUAAAAAACUUGGAAAGAUUAGAUUUAUUUCAAACGGUAAUCGAACCUGAAUUGGUUUUAACCAUGCUAGAAAACAAUCGAAAGUUAAAACACUUGAAUUUGGCAUUUUGCGGAAUAGCAGUUAAUAUGGACGCUGUGGCUCAACGUAUCGGCCAAUAUAAUCAUAAUCUGGUUUCUUUGGAUAUGUGGAAAUCCCGUUUUCUAUCCGCUGCUGGCUUAGAGGCAUUAUCCAAGUGCUGUGAUUUGGAGGAAGUUGAUUUCGGCUGGUGUUUGAGGGAGGUCUCUCUUAGAGAUAGUCUGAAGCAAUUGUUGUUAAAUUGCAAGAAA